AUGACUCUGGUCAUCUUGCCCGUACUCUCGAACAGAUUCGAAAUGUCGUGUAUGUCUCAGCAAAACUCCUUUCAGAUGCCCGCUGCUUUCGAUGCUAUCGUCCCCGUAUUCCUCAUUGCUGCGCACGCUUCUCUGCUGCUUUCCCCGCCUCUGUGGGCAGACCUUGGCGCGAAUGCCUCACCACCCGCAUUUCCCCAAUCACUUGCUCUGCUGUUCAGUAACCCUGUUUGGUCGGGCGCAAACACCGUCCCCUCGACUCUCAUCAAGAACAUCACCUCUCUGUCGAGCAAGGUAGCCUACCAGGACACCAUCACAGCAAACCUCACCACGCUGAGCACGACAAAUACCGAAACGCAGGAUGGCAUCAUCCGAGGUCUGCUAUACGUCCCCGAUCUCAGCGUCACAAACCCGUGUUUCGAGCAGCAGUACGACAUAAUCCCACGAAAUGCCACUACACAGGCAGAACUUCCUCCUACCAACUAUAACCUAAUUGCCAUUGCGCCAUGGUUUAAUGCGACCUGCACCAAGGCCUAUCUUGCAUCCGCACGCCUCGACCCCAUACGCGCCUUCAUCUUUUACCGGCCCAAUAAUUCGACGAACGAACCACAGGGCGCUGAUUCCCCGAUAUGGGAUCUUGAAGAUGGUGAUGCAUGGCGAACCCAAAACCGUUUUCCGAUUUUCGCCGUGCCAGGCGCCGAGGGCACCAAAUUCAUGAAGCAGCUUAGCCUGUAUUCUGGGAACAUCUCCGAGAUCCCAUUCGGGGAGGAAAUCCAGGAGAUCUACGACCCCCACGAUAAUGAUUACGUCCGCAUAUGGACAGAGCUAACCAUCAAGGACCGUGACAGUGUUCCUGCCAUGUGGACAUGGAUUCUCACUGUGGUUGGCGUUGUGAUAUUUAUCAUCGCGUGUCUAUCACUCACGAUGCACCUAGUACAAAGAAGACGAAGAAUUUCACUACGAAGAAGGGUGCUGAGCGGCGAGGUUGAUCUGGAAGCGAUGGGAAUCAAACGAGUAACCGUGCCCGUGGAUCACGUCAAGGGCUUUCCACUUUUCACCUACAGUUUUCAGCCGGAAAUGAUCAGCACACCUUCUACUACAAGGCCACCCAAAUCCGUGAGGUCACCGCGAAGCAUGCGGACUGACCAGCGAACAAUAUCCGAAUCCGCCGUCCCAAGAUCGAGGGCCCGAAGAGCCAGCGUCAACAGCUCAAAAAGCACCGUUGCCACGAACUAUCAGCCGCAGUGCCACAUUUGCUUGGAGAAUUACGUCGAUCGGGACUCCGUCAUCCGCGAACUGCCUUGCGGCCACAUCUUUCACCCCGAGUGUAUCGACGAGUUUCUCAGUCUGAACAGCUCACUAUGCCCAAUCUGUAAGAGGAAUAUGCUCCCACCGAACUACUGUCCCAAGAUUACCAAUGGCAUGGUACGCCGUGAGAGGGCCAUUCGACGAUUGAGGGAACGGGUAGUUUUUGACGAGUCAGACGACGAAGAGGGGGAGGUGAAAAGCAAGCGUUGGGGCAAGCGGCUAUUCGGCACGGACAAAGCGGCAUCAUCCCCGACAGAAACGCCCUUGACACCCGUUCUGACAUCCAAGUCCCCGAAAACAGUGCAGGAGUCAGCAAAUGUCGAUACGUCGGUGGAUCUCGAAGCUGCACCCCUGUCCACCGCACAACGUGCCCUCGAACCGACCCAAGAGGAACAAGAAGAUUCGGAUCAACCCUCAAGUCAAUCCGAAGCUCAAGACCCGCCACAUCCGCAACCUCAGCCGCCCAGACAAGCCGCUGCAGCUCCGGCUACUCAUCAGAAUAAACGCCGGAAAGCAGGUGGAUUGCGGCUCCAUAUGCCUGGAUCAGAGUCGCAUCAGAACCAUCCACGUCCUGAAGGACGCAAGAGCCCGUCUCAGUUGGCAAGAGCGCGAAUGAGAGCGCUUGCUGGUACACCCUUUGACGACCCAGAUGGUCGCAAUCCAGCGUGGAAACGUUAUGUCGUCAAGGAUCAGGCAGUAGGACUGCCUUUUGGAACUUUUGAGAGGCAAGCAAGGGAAUAUCACGAUGCAUAUCUACGACACUCCCUGCACGGAACGUUACUCUUGGGCUGCUGUAAAGAGCCCAAGCUUUUGGACUGGAUAUACCCCAUCGGCUCGGUUAAGCAUCAACGGCGAUUUGGAGGAGGGCAGUCUUGUGUCGGCCAGACAGCGGGCAAUGAAAUCAAAACUUGGGACCCCUCACGCCAGAUCCCGUUCAGGCCAGUCUUUUGCUAUGUCUUGUUAAAAAACACAAGACUUCUCCACACGUGGUAUUUUCGCUGUUGUCGUUUCAUCCGAAUCAUUGUAUAUGCCAGCUUUCAUCUGAUUUGUUUCGCCAAGCCGGGCCAACUGAUCGUCUUAAGCACGUUCAGUUAUGCAUUAUAA